AUGUUUGGAGCCGUUGGGGCCCAGUCCCUGUUCUCCAUGCCUCGGCGCCCUGGCUAUGGCACCAUGGGGAAGCCGAUCAAGCUGCUGGCCAACUGUUUCCAGGUGGAGAUCCCAAAGAUGGAUGUCUACCUGUACGAGGUAGACAUCAAGCCUGACAAGUGCCCACGGCGUGUGAACAGGGAGGUGGUUGACUCCAUGGUGCAGCACUUCAAGGUGACCAUCUUUGGAGAUCGCAGGCCAGUUUAUGAUGGAAAGAGGAGUUUGUACACAGCCAACCCACUGCCUGUGGCACCCACAGGGGUGGAUCUUGAUGUCACUCUUCCAGGCGAGGGCGGGAAAGAUCGUCCCUUUAAAGUUUCCAUCAAGUUUGUGUCUCUGGUCAGUUGGCACAUGCUUCACGAAGUGCUGACCGGCCGCAGCAUGCCUGAACCUCUGGAGCUGGACAAGCCCAUCAGCACCAACCCCGUUCAUGCAGUGGACGUAGUGCUGCGACACCUCCCUUCCAUGAAGUACACUCCAGUUGGCCGUUCCUUUUUCUCAGCUCCUGAGGGUUAUGACCAUCCUCUGGGGGGUGGGAGGGAGGUUUGGUUUGGUUUUCACCAGUCUGUGCGCCCCGCCAUGUGGAAGAUGAUGCUAAACAUUGAUGUCUCUGCCACAGCUUUCUACAAAGCCCAGCCAGUUAUCCAGUUCAUGUGUGAAGUUCUGGAUAUCCACAACAUAGACGAGCAGCCUCGACCUCUCACGGACUCUCACCGGGUCAAAUUCACCAAAGAAAUCAAAGGUUUAAAGGUGGAGGUGACACACUGUGGAACAAUGCGGAGGAAGUAUCGUGUUUGCAACGUGACCCGUCGGCCUGCCAGCCAUCAAACGUUCCCUCUACAGUUGGAGAACGGUCAGACUGUAGAACGUACAGUAGCCCAGUACUUCAGGGAAAAGUACAGCCUGCAACUCAAGUACCCACAUUUGCCCUGUCUACAGGUGGGCCAGGAGCAAAAGCACACUUACCUGCCUCUGGAGGUGUGCAACAUCGUAGCUGGUCAACGGUGCAUUAAGAAGCUGACGGAUAAUCAAACCUCCACAAUGAUUAAGGCCACAGCUCGCUCUGCACCCGACCGACAAGAGGAGAUCAGCAGGCUGGUGCGCAGUGCCAACUAUGAAGCUGAUCCGUUCGUUCAAGAGUUCCAGUUUAAAGUGCGCGACGAGAUGGCCCACGUGACGGGGCGAGUGCUACCCGCCCCCAUGCUGCAGUACGGCGGCAGGGUGAGCACUGAGCACUUUAUGAACCGCACUGUAGCCACACCCAGCCAUGGGGUGUGGGACAUGAGGGGAAAGCAGUUCCACACUGGGGUGGAGAUCAAGAUGUGGGCUAUCGCCUGCUUCGCCACACAGAGGCAGUGUCGGGAAGAAAUUCUCAAGGGUUUCACAGACCAGCUGCGCAAAAUCUCAAAGGAUGCUGGGAUGCCCAUCCAAGGCCAGCCAUGCUUCUGUAAAUACGCCCAGGGAGCGGACAGCGUGGAGCCCAUGUUCAGACACCUGAAGAACACCUAUGCCGGACUACAGCUCAUCAUCGUCAUCCUGCCUGGGAAAACUCCGGUCUAUGCGGAGGUGAAGCGUGUGGGAGACACCCUUCUGGGCAUGGCGACCCAAUGUGUUCAGGUGAAGAAUGUGGUAAAGACGUCACCUCAGACCCUCUCCAACCUCUGCCUCAAGAUCAAUGUGAAGCUGGGAGGAAUAAACAACAUCCUGGUGCCUCACCAAAGACCAUCAGUGUUUCAGCAGCCAGUUAUCUUCCUAGGAGCAGAUGUUACACAUCCACCGGCUGGAGAUGGGAAGAAGCCUUCAAUUGCAGCCGUGGUCGGCAGUAUGGACGCCCACCCCAGCAGGUACUGUGCUACUGUGCGUGUCCAGAGACCCAGGCAGGAGGUUAUCCAGGACCUGGCCUCUAUGGUGCGGGAACUGCUUAUCCAGUUCUACAAAUCAACCCGCUACAAGCCUACCAGGAUCAUUUUCUACAGGGACGGCGUUUCAGAAGGCCAGUUCAGACAGGUGCUGUACUAUGAGCUGCUGGCCAUCCGUGAGGCCUGCAUCAGCCUGGAGAAGGAGUACCAGCCAGGCAUCACCUACAUUGUUGUGCAAAAACGCCACCACACACGCCUGUUCUGUGCCGACCGAAACGAGAGAGUUGGACGCAGUGGAAACAUUCCUGCUGGUACUACUGUGGAUACGGACAUUACACAUCCCUACGAGUUUGAUUUUUAUCUCUGCAGUCACGCUGGAAUACAGGGCACCAGUCGGCCCUCCCACUACCAUGUACUGUGGGACGACAAUUGUUUUACUGCUGACGAGUUCCAGCUGCUCACCUACCAGUUGUGCCACACCUAUGUGCGCUGUACCCGCUCAGUUUCCAUCCCUGCACCUGCCUACUACGCACACCUGGUGGCCUUCCGUGCCCGCUACCAUCUGGUGGACAAAGAGCAUGACAGCGCUGAAGGCAGCCAUGUUUCUGGUCAGAGUAACGGCCGUGACCCCCAGGCGCUGGCCAAAGCUGUUCAGAUCCACCACGACACUCUGAGGACCAUGUACUUCGCCUGAGUGAACAACCACCACCCUUUUCAAACAUUACCCCCUUUAACACACAGACACACAAAAACAGCCAUGCACACCUGGCUCACCAGUCAAGAAGUUCUCAUAGGUGCAUGCCCCCCCUCCCCCCCAUGCCUAGUCAAUGCGGACCUGACACUGUGCAGAGGAAAGCAGGGAGGAGCGAGGGGAGAAGGCACCCCCCCACACUGGACUGAGGAUGCAAUCGCUGCUUUAAAAACAAACAAGACAGAAACUCAGCACUGUUAUGCAAUAUUAAACCAGCCAACUAGUUUAUUUCCUCACUUAUUAGCCCCCACC